AUGCUCUACCUCCCUCUUCUACACUCCCCUCCUCCCUCCCCCUCCCACCCACCACCCCUUCACCCCCCACCAAUCCUACCCCCCCUCCCCCAACAUCCUCCUCUCCACCCCACAUCUCUCCUACCCCUCCCUCUCCCCAAUAAAAUUAACCACCCAUUAACUCUCCACCCUCUCCCUCUCCCUCCCCUCAUCCUCUCCUCACCUCCCCUCUCUCUCCCUCUCCCCCCACACUCCCCCUCCCUCACUCACCCACACCUAUCCCAUACUCAAAACCUUACUCCUCCCCUCCCUCGCUACCUCUCCUCUCGUCCAACAAUUACAAACUCCCCCCCGGCCUCUCCCACCUCUGGAUCUCUCACCUCUCCCCCACAUCUCCUCUCCUCUCCCUCUCAUCUCUCCUCGUCCCACACUCUCUCUGCGCUCUCUCUCCCUCUCUGCUCCCCCUCUCAUCCUCCCUCCUCCCCCACCCUCUCCCCCCUUUACUAUCCCCUACCCCCCCCCCUCCUAUUCCUCCUCAAAUUAAAAUCAAUUUACCCCCUCCCCCCCCUCUCGCCCGUUCCUCACUCCCCCUCUCGGUCCUCCUCUAUCCCCUCCUCUCCACGCGUCCACCCUCCCUCUCACUCGGCUCUCAUCCUCCCGCGCUCUAUCUCCACUCCGCCUCUCUCCUCAUCUCUCUCGCGAACAACUAAAUGA